AUGCACUGGGCUCUGCCCUGCCUCCUCCUCCUCCUCUGCCUCCAUGCCGCAUCCAGCUCCACCGUGCCCUCCGGGCUGGAUGCCGCCGCGGCUCGGGCACUGCUGGCACGGAUCUCGGCGUCAGCCCCGCCGCAGGCACUGCCCGAGGCCGCCGGCGUCUCCUGCCGGGACCUGCAGCCGGACGCCCUGCCCGGCUUCUCCCGGCUCCCGGCGCUGCCCCGUGUGCUGGCCCAGGCCGCCCUGGCGCUGGCGCUCAGCGAGGCAGCCUGCAGCCCCCAGGCCGAGGCGCUGGUGCUGGAGCUGUACCGGGAGCUCGACGGCCCGACGGCUGAGGCCCUGCUGCAGGGUCUGGUGCGGCUCCAGAACGCCCCAGGCCGGGGCCACCUGCCUCUGCUCUUUAUCCUGGCCCAGCUCGGCGCUUCUGUCCCCGUCCAGCCCUGCUCUGGCCUGACACUGCUCUCCAACGCCCAGCUCCGGGGCCCCGUGGCCAGCACCCACGCCACCCUUGCCGGGGCAGCAAGGGCCUGCCAGCGCCUGCAGGCCGCCUGCGCCGGCGUGGCAGCAGCAGGGCCGUCGUCCUUUCAGGCCGUGGGGUCCCAGGGCACCUGGGUGCUGCCUGCGCCGGGAGCCCGCUCCUGGCUCCAGCGCUGCAGCCGGGCGCCACAGGGCCGGAGCCGGCGGUCCAGCGAGGACAGCUGCAGUCUGGUGGGGGAGCAGGAGGUGCACAGGGUCCUGGAGUGGGUGCCCGGCAUCAGCACCUUGUACAACCUGGGCACCAGCCUCUACUAUGCCUACCAGGGCUGCGAGGAGGUGGCGUCGGAGCGGGCCUGGGAGGCGGCCAUCGACCUGGGCUACGACAGCCUCGCGGUGCUCAGCGCCGGCACCGGCGGCCCCGUGGCCUACGGCGUCCACCUGGGGCUGCAGCCGGGGCUCAAGGCGGGCGUGCGGGCCCUCAUCUGCUACUUCACCUCGGACGAGGACCCCCCACCGGCCCCCACGGCCCACACCGGCCCCGUCCGCCUCAUCUGA